CUGAAUUCAGUUAUGUUGAAUACUGAAAUCAGUUCCCCUUCUAAUUGAAUGUCAAACGACAACGAAGAUGGCCGACAAGGACGAAACGCACGUCGUGGUGGACUUGGACGACGAUGUCGCCCUGCCCGCGCACACACAUGUUGAUGACGACCAACAGCAGGGACAACAGCACCAGCAACAACGACGGCAAGGACAACAAGGGCGGCAAGACAAUGGAUUUGGAUUGGAUGUCAACGGACUAACUGCAGCCGUCGGGACGCAGGUACUGAAAUCUGGCUCCGAGUCCGCAUCGAGGCUUGUGUCAACAUAUGGUCGCAUCGAUUUGUUACGCCCUUACUUCGACCUUGACCCAAAGGACUUGCGCCAGCGCCUGCUUGCCUCCAUCUGGCCACGCUUUGCCCGGCAGCCUCAGGCCAUUGCAACAGACCUGUACGGCCCGAUGAUGCUUGCGCUGACGUUGUCUGCUGUGCUGCUCCUCUCCAUGAAGCAAUCCGGCCACAUUCUCAGGUACACAUACGCGACCAUAUACGGUAACAUUGCUGGACUGUGA